GGCAACCAAACAGAGCACCGGUUGCGCAAGGCAGUCAUUAUGGCGGAGAAAGUAACCAAGUCUGGCCGGGUUCUCCUUCCCACGGGCGAGUCCAUUAUUCCAUCAUCUACUCGAGCGGAUGGGUCUGUGCGAAAAGCGAUCAAAGUGAAGCCCGGGUACAGGCCGCCCGAGGAUGUCGAGGUCUACAAGAAUCGCAGUGCUGAAUCAUGGAAGAAUCGUGGCAAGGGGGGCGUUCCCGGUGCUGCUGCUGCCCAUGAAGGAGAAGAGAAAACUGCACCUCACAAGGCUGCAGCGAAUGCCAAACGACGAGAGCGCGAGAAGGCGAAGAAGGCUGCGGACCAGGCUGCAGCGGACAACACUGCAAAGGAGGAUGCUGCUGCUAUGGUCAAAGUCAUCGAGCCAGUCGAUCCGGAAGUGGAAAAGGCCAAGGAGGCUCGCAAAUUGGCCAAGAAGUUGAGGCAGGCGAGGGAAUUGAAGGAGAAGAAGGAGAGUGGGAGUGCGCUAUUGCCUGAGCAGUUUGAAAAGGUCAUCAAGAUCAAUGAGCUGAUCCGGCAAUUGGACAAGCUGGGCUUUGAUCAUGAAGGAGAGAAGAAGCCUGAGGCGGAAGAGAAGAUCGAUGAGGCUGCAGGAUGAGAGAAUAGCCCCAGACUAUCGACGACUACCACUACCAUGCUCCAUUUGGUGGCUUCUGGCCCGAUGUCCACUGGUAUCACGACGCGUUUACCGUGUAUGGAAUCCUUCUUUACAGCCCAAUGUCUGUCCCCGCCCAGGCAUCGAUUUGGACACAGACCUGUCUCAACUGUCACUGAAGGCGUGAUUGUCAGAAUGAGCGGUCCUGGCAUUGUGCUCGAGAUCUGGUUUUUAGACAGGCCAAGUGGCUCCAUGAGCACUUACUGUGGAAGCGUGGUGCACAGGGAACCAUGCUACAGAAUCUGUCAACACCGAUCGUCGUAACAAUACUACCACUUGUGUCUGCGACACAGAAGGACAUGUUACGCGUUAGGUUGUGACGGAGACGCACCGACUUCUAUUGAUGUCAGUGCGACGAAAUAAUGAGCGGGCCGAGGCAUUCCAGUGGGCAGCGGAAGAAGUUCGCGGGACAAAACCCCGAGAUGUUGCGAAAAGUGAGUCGAAUACGACGAACAACCAUUUCUCCGCAUCUCGUUUUAUCGGAAAAAGUGUGGGGCAUGGGGCAUUCGCAUGUCGAACAGGGAUGUCCUCAUUCAUGCCUCGUACCCUAACCAGGCUUCAAGCUGCACACUCGCCUGGCAAGGAAUAUGAAAUUGAAAUUGAAUAUUUCUUCCGUCCUAUGAUCCUGAUCCAUCAUCCGCCUGGAUACAAGCGUGUACGGUGUACACUGUACAGUAGGUAGUAGUAGUGGUUGGUUGGUCUAGCCUCGUGCGCGGCCCCAACCUUUCACUAGAAUACCUUACAUACAUGUAGGUACAUGUACCUAUGGAAAUGC